CCUCGUUUAUGACCCUAUGUUGGUGUGCAAGAAAGGACAGCUCUUAUCUUUGUGUUAUACUGCGACUUCAGUUUAUUAAACACUCGUUUACUGUGUAUAAUAACCCAAUUCGUUUACCCACAGGCAAAAAAAGCAAAAAGGCGUUUUGCUUUAACACAGCCGUCGACUGAAGAGUGACUUAGCUAAUCCAAGAAUGAAAAAAUGACAGAUGCGAUGGCAGUUGUGCGAAAUGUAUGGAUGUCUUCAAUCGUCGUCCUUAGUGCUAUAGGGAAUCUUCUUCUUGUCCUAGUCAUAGUGACAAAAAAGCGCUUCCAUAACGUCACGAACAUCUAUAACCUAAACCUCUCAGCAAGCGACUUGCUCAAAGUUCUUGUGUAUGUCCCAGUCUACUUGGUUUACGCCUCAAAAAAGACUUGGCCUGUUGGAGGGCAGGCUGGCUGUCGUGGGAUGUACUUGUUAUUUUUCACAGCUUACGGAGCGAGUCUUUUGACGCUGGGAGCGCUGAGCUUUAAAAGAUAUCGGCUGAUUGUGCACCCACUACGAAAACAGGUUACCGCACGCCAAUCAAUCAUCCACAUCAUCGUCGUCUGGGGCGCCUGCGUUAUGCUCAGUGGGGUCAGCGUUCUUUUCAUUAACCUCGUUCCAGGUCCAAACGGAGGUUACCUGUGCAUUUUCCAAGCCAAAGAAGAACUGGCACUAGUGAUCCUCGCUCUCAUGUUGCUACUUUCGCAGUUUAUCCCGAUGGUCUUGUUCAUCAUCGCGUACUGCCUCGUUAUCAAGAAGUUGAGGCAGGAUUCGUCGGUUGAACCUCGUCAUAGGUCCAUCGUCACGCGCAACCGCGCCAAACGUAACUCCCGCGCUGUUCGUAUCUUGGUUGUCGAAGUCUGGGCCUAUGUUAUUUGUGUGAUGCCUUUCCUGGUAAUGAACGUAGUAGAAGUAGCGAGAAAUAGGAUGUUUCUUAGGCCCUUUACUACUCAGAGUGUAGUGAUGUACUGUGCGUUGGUCCUACACACCACUAUAAACCCUUCAGUGCACUUUGUCCUGAACCUUGAGUUCAGACAGGAACUGAGAGACAUGUGCUUGACCGGAUGGCGUGCGCUAAGGCGCAUGAAGAGCACUGUUGUUCCGACGACCUUUUCGAGUGGCCAGACGCGGGGAUUACCGACUGUACCUGAAGCAAAGGCCGUAAGACUCGAUCAAGAGUCGCAUAAUCAAGACAAGACAACUGAAGAGUGCGCAAUGAGGGUAAAGGUAAGCUCCUCUGUGACAUGAACAGUGAGAAAAAAGAGGAAUGGGAAUAUGCUGGCAUUGCGACGUGGAAAUAAACAUGUGUGAUAUAUGCAAGAUAUAUGCAAUAGGAAAGACGGCAAGCUAAAAGUUAAACAUUGUUGAUGGACAUAUCAUGGACAUAUCAAUGGCGGAUCCAGACUCUAAAUGGACGGGUUGGGGUGGGGUACGAAAAUGGUCAUAAAAGGGGAGUUAAAGGUACAAACAAUCCACUAGAACCCCCCCUCUCCCCCUUGUUUCCGGUCAUGGACGCAAGAACACGGGAAAGAAAACAAACACAAGGAUGUGAUGUAUGUACAGGGAAAAAAAAGUCGUACAUUUUGAGGAUGAGACGUUGUAAGCUUUUCCGGCGGAAAAGGAACAUAAGCUAUAAUUUGAACAUGGCAAAUGAAAGAUAAAGUGGGGAGGAGUUAGAAGCAGAGUUAAUUCAUGCCGUGGAUCCAGAGUCACUUAGCCCGCAAACACCGCUGUCUCCAAGCAUAACGUUAAUCUUGCUUUAGGGUAGUACUUGACUUGUGGAAUAUCUCACUGCUAGCUAAUAACGGGGGAUUCGAAGUUUUGCUGUAGAUCUUUUUUAGGUAGUCUCUUGGGCCGCCCACGUUUGCUGGGGGUAUUUCGGUAGCCCAUUUAUUUAUGGUUCACUAUUAGUGUCCGUAAGCCUAACCAUAACUAUAUGAACCAUAUAUCAAUGACCACCGGGUAUUUCAGACUGACACUAAGGAUGCCUGCGCAGAUUACUAUUUU